UUUGGAUUGGGACGCCGCCUGCUGCACGGAAACAGAAACCAGACACAUUUCUUUAAAAAAAAAAACCAUCACAAGCUGAUCACAAUGUCCGUGCUGCUCCAGAGCGACCAGGGCUGGUUUGUGGAUCCACGGUCACUCAUUGAUCGGGGAUAUUCGCCAUGCAUCCGGUGGAGAGACACUCAAAAGUCUCAUGUCGAGUGUCGUUUCAACAAGCAGUGUUUUCAGAUUUUAAAAAGCCAUUAUAGUGUGCCUGCCGGUGCUGCUGUGGAUGGAGGAAACGCGGAUAUGUUGCAGAAAACAGGCAAACCACCAAAGAAAAGGAAACGAAAACACAGCGAACUCAACCAAGGGGAGCUGGAUUCACAGGCCUUCCAUGAGAAGGUCAGGUCUGUUAUUCUGGAGGGAACCAAGUCCUUGGUGGAUUCUGUUCGAUCUCUGGGACAUCUGAACGGAGGGACGGACACAGCAAAAGAGCCUCUUCCCUCCCAGGAGUGCAGCCUUGCUGCUCUUUGUGAAAUGGCUAAAGAGCUUCCUCUAGUGGACGAGGAGGAGCAGGAGUGCUGCUCUCAGUCACUUGUUGCUGAGGAUGGCUGCACAUCACAUGUCGACUUGUUCUCUCGGCUGACGGAGAACAGGACGGACUGGGCUGCAGUGGUCACUCUGAUGGGAGAGGAGUAUGUGAUACCACCUCACUCAGCUUUCCUGCUUUCUGACUUCACUAGAAUACAACCACUAGUCCACUAUGGAAGGAGGUUUGACCUCAUAGUCAUGGAUCCACCCUGGGAAAACAAGUCUGUGAAAAGGAGUCGCAGAUACAGUUCUUUGCCCUCAUCCCAGCUCAAACAGCUCCCUGUGCCCCUGCUGGCGUCUCCGAACUGUUUAGUGGUUACCUGGGUGACGAACCGGCCCAGCCACCUGCGUUUUGUCCGGGAUGAGCUGUAUCCACACUGGGGGGUGGAAGUUGUGGCUGAAUGGUUCUGGGUCAAGGUCACCACAUCGGGGCAGUUUGUGUUUCCACUAGACUCACCGCACAAGAAGCCUUAUGAAAUGCUGGUGUUAGGCCGAUACCGCGCUCCUGUGGAUACAAGCCCUUCGGAGGCGUCAGAGGUUCCUGUGGAGGAUCAGCGGCUGAUUGUCAGCGUCCCGUCAGCUCUGCACUCCCAGAAGCCCUCGCUAUCAGAUGUGUUGAAGCCGUACGUUGGAGCUGAAGCCAAGUGCUUGGAGCUGUUUGCCCGAAGCCUUCAACCCGGAUGGACCAGCUGGGGCAACGAAGUGCUCAAAUUUCAGCACACGAGCUAUUUCACGUUGACACCUGCAGACGAUGGAGCGGACGUUUCCAAAGACGAGGCCGCAGACACACAAGUGUUCAGCCCAGCUUAGAAAAUCUAAAAAAUCCUCGUCCCUCCACUGUGAACCAAUCACUGACCUUCAACACCUGUCACAUCAGUAUUUUACUUUGUUUUUAAUAAAGAUUCAACGCCAAAGUGUUUCUCUA